AUGUUUUGCCCUGAAGAAAUUUGGAGUAAAUACGUCAAUAAACUGGAGGACUUCUUGUCUGAAGGAAAUUCAGUGAAGGCAGUGCAGUUUGUUAAUGAAAUGGUUACAGAUGCACUACGCCAUGUCGAAGAUUCUCUUGAAUUCUCCUCAAGAAUUCAAGAUCCUGGUCUUUUCCGAUUUCAUGCACUCCCCCGGAUUCUUUCUAUGGCAAGUGUUACUUCAUGUUAUAACAACGUUGAAGUAUUCCGAAAGGACAUGAGAGAAAAUCUAGGUGUUAGGACAAAACUAUUGCACAAUACAAGAUCAAUGGCAGAUGUUUAUAGCUUUUACUAUAAUAUUUCUUGCACUCUGCAGUCUAAGGUGGACAAUGAUGACCCUCAUGCAACAGAAACUAAGAGCAUACUUGAAUCAAUCAAGCAAAAAUGCACGGAAUCUGAAAAUGUACUCUAUAUAUAGGUUAACUUUAGCUCUAAACAUGAAUGCCUAUUUCUCAAUUUUAGUACUUCAUCAGACUUUCUUUAGUCCAUUCUUCUUUCUUUCAUGUAUAGUAAGAAUAUCAGUCGCUGGUCUUUUUAGAUGAUUUCACAUGUUAUUAUGAACU